CGAACGGGCGCUCGCGCGCGCGCGCGUUUAUAAAUACACUAGCGCGCGCGCGAAAGUUUGUAAACACAUAUUCAGUGUAUAACAGUCGCGUACACGUACACGUUCACGCACGCACGCACACACAGACACACACACACACACACACACACACACACGCGCAUACACACACGCAUAUACAAAUUCGUAACACACACAUUCGCGCGCGAGCAAGUGCAUUUCACGUCCGAUUGUUCCGCCGGAAAUAUGAAUGGCGCUAAAUGCGCCGCGUGCAUCGCCGCCGUUUUGUUCGUACUUUUCGCUUUCGUCGUUAAAGGUACAAAGUCUAUAAUAUGCUACAAGUGCAAUUCAAAAUACGAUCCGAGAUGUGGAGAUCCAUUCAACCCAUACACAAUCGGUUUAGUUGAUUGCAACUUAACGGAAGUGCCUAGUCAUUUGCAGGGAAAAGAACCGGUGAUAUGCCGAAAAACCGUCCAACGCAUCCACAGCAAUAUUCGAAUAGUUCGGGAUUGUGGUUACGUGGAAGAUCCUGUGCACGAUGACCAGGACUGUUAUAGUAGGCUUGGAUCCCACGACAUCGACGUGACCCAUUGCUCGUGUACCUCUGACAUGUGCAAUGGUUCAACAAACAUCAUCUCAAACGGGUCUUCGUAUACGAUAUUCGUCACGAUAAUAGCAACUGCUGCCGUUUAUACAGCAAUGGGUUUCUUCCUUAAUAUACAGCAUUAGACGAGAUGUUUUCGAAAAAACGCGAACAUAUUUUACGAGAACAAAGAAAAAAAACUAAAAUAAGCGCUUUAUUAUUAUUACCAUUAUAGCCCAAACAGACUACUGUACUGAAGGUGUCGCUCGACAAUAAAAAGGAAAUAAAUCAAUUUUUUUUUUUUAAUUAUGACACUUUAUAACUAUAUACAAUAUAUUGUUUUA